UUACGUGUUCAGUAUACGCCACUUUCUUACGUACCUACUACCUCCUUUCAAAGUCUAGAUAACUUUUAUCUUAUAAGAUAACGUAAAAAAAUAUCCAAUAUAGGUUCAAACAGACUAAAUAUUGCAAAUUUUUCUUCGGUAGUUCCACCUGCUGCAAAUAAUAAAUAACAAUGUCUUCGACACAUAUUUUUAACGUAGAAAUGACUUGCGAGGGCUGCUCGGGUGCCGUCGAGAGAGUAUUGAACAGAUUAAAAGGGCAAGGAGUUGAUGACAUCUCAAUCUCUCUUCCAGAACAAAAAGUAUCUGUUACAUCAACUCUCAGCGCCGAUCAGCUGCUUGAAGUUAUAAAGAAAACUGGAAAAAAGACAGCAUAUGUUGGAACGCAGUAAAAUUUAUUGUCAUACUUGACUAUGGUUAAUGUACAUAAUGUACAACAUGUAAAUUAUAAAAUAUUGUUAUGGAUCCAUGUUUAUGAUUUUAAAGAAUAUUGAAUUAUUACCAUUAUUAUUAAUAUUGUAACUAAGGAGUCAUCAGAUUAUACUAGGUAUAAAGAUAAUUUUAUAAUGUUAAAGCCAGUUUUAGUGUUAUCAUUUAUCUAUGUCAGCUUUAUUAAUAUAAAGUCAUAUAAAGGAGGUCUUUGUCAUAAAUAUAUGAAACAGUAUUUAUUUUAAUAAAUAUUUAUUUUUAUAUAUAAAUUUUA